AUGAACUCAGAUUUUGCUGACAGCAGAAAAAUGGACGAAGAAGAUGGGGAGGGAGUAUCGACCAAAAAAGCAGCUUAUGGAAGAGGCAAGUCCACAAAAUCCAUGUUAGAAAGGAAACGUAGGGCUCGAAUCAACGCUUGUCUGGCCCAGCUCAAGGUCCUCAUCAAAGACCACGUGAGAGAGCAGGGCUUCCGGCCAGCCAAGAUGGACAAGGCGGACGUGCUGGAGAUGACCGUGAAAUACCUGAAAAUUUUACAGAGAGCGGAGAGAGGGAACGAUUUUGCAUCCGACCACAUUUCCGACGCCAUUUGCCGCUACAGAGCAGGGUUUUCCGAGUGCGUCAACGAAGUGCUGGCUUUCCUGGGUAGACAAAGCACCGACCCCAUUGACUCUGCGGAAUUCAAAGCACAACUUGUCAAUCAUUUGGCUACAAACAACACUCGGAACAGUAGACGGCAACUACCUCAGUUAGGCGGUGGCCUUCUCAGCCUUGGCGGAGAAGAAGACGUACAGCUAAGUCAACAACUUUACAGAUAUAAUUUCGAACAGCAGAUCUCUAUAAUGGAGAUCCGUAAGGGGCGUGGGAGCAUCGAAUACACAGACGACAUCCGGAGCGCGAAAGCGACAAAAUAUGCAAACACUCCAUCUGUUCCUACGCCGCGGGUAAGCGCAAAUGGGAGCGGCGGGGACGGGAUUUUUGUUCACACCACGGAAACUUUUUCUAGGGUUUCUCGACCGAGUUGCCCACCAGAAACGCCGUCGCUUUCCGAGCAAUUUCUUCCAAGUUCUCCAUCGUCAUCAGACGCCACUUGCUCCCAGUCGUUUUCUGACGAAGACAGAAGCAGCAGUGCCAGCGAUGACGUCAUGCGAGCUAACGAAACUGAAGACGGCUCAGUAUGGCGUCCUUGGGGAUUGGGAUUUGAGUGA